ACGGGUACGCUUGGAUGAGGAAGUGGUGCUCAUAACUGGAGGUGCAGGUGGUCUUGGCAAGUCCAUUGCACAGCACUUCGGUGCAUUGGGUGCUACGGUUGUGUUGUGGGAUCACAACCUGAGCUUAUUAGCCGAAACUAGAGACCAGCUUAAAAAUGAUGGCAUUAAAGUAGAAGCAGUUUUCUUGGAUCUGAGAGACAAAGACUCUAUCAAGGACUGUGCAGAACAUCUACAGAAGCGUAGAGAUGUGACAGUGCUAGUCAACAAUGCGGGAGUGGCGUCAGUGAAGCCCUUGUUGGAGUUGACAGAUGAACAGAUCUCCAGUACCUUUGACGUGAAUGUACUGUCGCAUUUCCACACGGUGAGAGCCUUCCUUCCCGCAAUGAUGCGGCGGCAAAAGGGACACAUCAUAACCAUCGCCUCAGUGCUUAGCCAUAUUGGCGCACGGAACUUGACCGAUUAUUGUUCCUCCAAAGCAGCGGUGUCCGGAUUCCAUGAGGCUCUGGCAGUCGAACUGUCUGUCACUGCACCUGCUAUCAGCACCACUAUUGUGAAGGCUGCCACACUGACCACAGCAAUGUUUGAGGGCACAAAAACUCCACCCGGCAUAAGCGCGAUUGAUCCGGAGGAUGUGGCUCGUGCCAUAGUGGAUACAGUUUUAGCAGUCUCAGCUGGGUGCUCCACCACGCUUAUUCUGCCCGCGUUGUUCUACACAUGGCCUGUGUACGCCGCACUGCCAACGGGUGUGAAGGUGUGGCUCAUGCACAUCACAGGUGCAGUGCAGUCACUCAGCGAUGUCACGGGAACGCAAUAGCGCACACAAAGCACUCAAGCAAUGUGGUCGUCAUGUGAGAUGUGUGGCAUGUUGACUUACUGCCAACGGGUGUGAAGGUGUGGCUCAUGCACAUGACAGGCGCAGUGUAGUCACUCAGCGAUGUCACGGGAAAGCAAUAGCGCACACCAAGCACUCAAGCAAUGUGGUCGUC